AUGGUCGACAAAGCCACUGAUAUGGCCCUUCCCAAGGACUUCACGCCAUUGGCAGAUUUCAUGGAAGAAGGGAAAAUUCCGCCUAAGACCUUUGUCAAUGUCAUAGGCAUUAUCAAAGAUUAUCGUCGACCCGCAGCCACGCAAGGAAAAGAUUGGAAGUGUGGUUUCCGCCUCUUCGACCUCUCAAUGCAAUCAGAGGUGAAUUGGGAUGUUGAGCUUAGCAGCUUCCGUCCCGAGAAAGACAUGAUAAAGAUGCCGGAUUGCCAUGCCGGGGAUAUUAUAGCUCAAACGCAUCGGAACGGCCCCCUUUCUCUCCUAACAAAUUACGAGACUGCCAUUCAUAUCUACCCCGCCACAAAGAUACCCAAACCUCCCCAGCCUGCAUCUUGUUCUUUCAAGCCAACUGAGAAAGAUAAGGCCCGGACGCCGAAGCCUCAAGUCGAGCAGUACGUUUCCUGGCUAUACGAAAACAUCGACAAGGACCGCAUCCCAGAAGAUGAAGUUUUUGAGGUUCGAUCGAAACAUUCGACGAACGUCAAGGGGAAGCUAUGCGAGCUCAAAGCAGUCCAGCAUGGUGCCUUCCAUGACUUGAUCGUCCACGUUGUCAAAGACUCUUUUGAUCAUGGUGACAAGGUGACUCUGUAUGUCUCAGACUACACGGAAAACCCUGGCUUCUACAAUUAUUCAUACCAUGAUGGUAGCCAGGCAGGCGGCAGGGACGGGGAUCCCUAUGGCUACACCUCCGGCAAAACCGGCAAAGCUCGAGACGCAGCCGAAUGGGGAGGCCCCUACGGCAAGAGAACCAUGCAGAUAACCUGUUAUGAACCACAUGCAACCUUCAUCAAAUCUAAAGUUACGUGUGGGACUUGGGUCCAACUCUUCAAUGUGCAGAUCAAGUGGGGAGCAAACGGCGCAAACCUGGAAGGCUAUCUUCGCGAAGAUCGCAACGGUUACGGCCACAAGCUCGCCAUCAGUAUCUUGGAUCCGCAGGAGGACCCCGAAAACAUACAUCCUUAUCUCAAAAAUGCGCUCAGGAGGAAACGGGAUAAUGAAAAGGAGAUAAAGGCAUUGACGAAGCAGCUUCGAUCAGACAUGGAGAGAAAGGGCAAGAAGCGCCCGGCAGCAGAUCAGCCAGAGAAACCCCUGAGCAGCAAGCAGAGACGAGCGCUUCGAAGAGCGCAAGCGGAACAAGACGUCAAACAAAGCGAGGACUCUAUGGCGCCGCCCCUUGAUCUCAACCCUCUAGUGACCUGCGAAAAUCUCGGUAGGCCGACUUGCUCCGUGUCCGACAUACUGCAGCCCGUGAUGUAUCAGACUACCAUUCAAGGCGCACCUCUCAAUGUCAAACUCCCCUUCACAGUCGCCCAAUACCGCGCUAACGUACGCGUGAUCGACUUCCACCCGCCAAGGCUCCAGGACUUUGCGUCUGGCCGCAAAAGGACGGAAUACGACGUGUUGUCCGACAACUCCGACUCCGAGUCCGACUCGGACGAGGAAGACGCAGGCACUCUGGACAGCUUCGUUGGUGAGCGCCAUUGGGAAUGGCGCUUUGCUCUUUGCCUUCAAGAGGCAGCUGUGGCUCAAGACAAGAAGAAGCGAGGUGGUGGCAACAACACUUUCUGGGUUGUUGUGGACAAUCUCGACGCCCAGCUUCUCACGGGGCUUGACGCUUGCAAUCUCCGCGCUGACCCCGACGAACUGUUCAAGCUACGCGAUAAGAUGUUCAUUCUCUGGGGUGAUCUCGAGGAGAAGAAAUCUAAGCAACUUGCAGAGAGCGAUCAGAAAAAGAAGCAACUUGCCAAGAAGAGCAGGAAGAAUGCCACCGAACGCCCCCCAGACAGUUCAGACAUCGAGACGGCCGACGAACAGUCUGUGAAGCAUUAUGGCGUCCAAGUAAGAGAGCCAAACGAGGUGAAAGCCGACGCUGGUGACGGCAAACGCUGGGAACGAGUCUACGGGCUGUUUGGGACGAAAAUCUGUGGUAUCUAA